ACCAAAUCGACCAUUCUCUUUGUGCACCUCGGCAAACCAUUUGAGCUGACUGCAAAAAAAAACAACGCGAUAUUGAUACGAUAGCUAACAAAUAAUAACUAAUCAUAACUCACAGUCUAAAACCAAUUGCCCAAACUUCUUUGAUAAUAUCUCUAGAAAGUGUCUCGACUCCGAACAACAACAGAGCUGCAAAAUAUAAAAUCUCAAUCAAGUCACAACUCAAAUUAAAUUCGGCGUCAUUUUGGAAAUUGUUCUGAAAAACUGAUUAAAGUUUUCUUUCUGCGCCACGCGAAGUAACACCCUGUUGCGCUUAAUUGAUUUUACCUUUUAUCUUCUGUCAUAAAGCACCCCCUGUGUUUUGAAAUAUCUUCGUAUACCACAACUGAAAGCCAGAAUUUGUAACAGUUCUAUGCGCGCGAGCGGCCUGCUCCAAUAAUCUCUGCUUUUAUACCCGAUCUCAAAUUUAACUGGUUUUGAAAAAGAAUUAAAUUUGAUUCGAUAUUUCUUCAACUCUAACCUUAAACGACACCGCGCCGAGUUAUAUCAAAGCUUCUUCAAAAGUUCAUACCGGAUCAAAGUCGCCUCUUUUCCCUGUCGGCAUUUGAGGAAAAAAUAACUGUUUCUAUCAUAAAUUGUGAUUAGUAAGUCACAAUUUGGGAAUAGUUGAAGCCGUCAGUCAUUCUGCUUUUGGGUCAGCAAAUUUAGGUUCCACUUUUAAACUUAUAACCUUUUCCUCCAUUUCAUAACCUUGCUAACUGAAACCAAACUCCUGUAUCGACACCAAAUUGAAACCCAGUUUUAACUUAGAACAAAUUACUCGUUUAUCGCGGAAUUGCCAAGGCAAAUUGGGCUGUACGAAAUUAUCACUUUAAUUUCUGCCUCUCAGAUAGAUUAUCUCUGAAAACGGAGUAUUUUUUGAUGUUAGGAAAACAGUUUUGUGUCAAAAUGGUUUUUCGGGUUUCGAUAUUUCUCGUUAUCUUUUUGUGCUUAAAUGUUCAGCUUAGCGACGCUUUCAGAAGAAAAACGAUCAAGGAACACACAAAAAACGUGACCGAUUUCAACAUAAAACAACUUUUCCCCACAACUUGGGUCGAUUCAAUUCAACAAAUUUGCAGCGAAGUAUUCCAAAAUGAAAUUUUCGAGUGCAAAAACAACGUCUUUAUCAACGUCCUCACACCGCAAAAAGAUCACCGACUCACAAACACACCUGAAGGCGGCUUUAUUUUUGCAUACGCCACUUUCGCUUUCAUUUUCCAGAUUAAAAAAGCGUGCAUAGAAAACGACCUGGAGUUGGACUGCGGCUGCAACGCGUGUAGAUUGCACUACCCAGGUGUAGUGUGUGAUCAUUUAGAGAAGAGGAGUGAGCUUGAGGCGUGGGGGGGUUGUGACCCCAAAUCGAGACACGCGAUGAUGAUUCUGGAACACUUCAUGGAGAGUUAUCUGGAUGAAGUGAGAGUCAGAGACGAAGAAAGAGCACAACUUAUUGAGAGGAACAUGAAUGUGGGCAAGAAGGAAGGUCUGAAAAUGGUGCGGAAGAUAGUGAAGAUCGAAGAGGGAGCUCACUGCGACUGUCCGUACUUCUACUGUCCAGAUGAGGCGCCCGACGACUGUCUCACUCACUUUUUAAUCACUCAGGAGAGAAUUGUAGCCAACAGGUUGUUUGCACUUUACAAAGAGAGUAAAUUCGGAAUUCUGAAAAACGACUCGGUUUGGGUGACGAAAAACGAGGAGGACGACGACUACGAAAUAAUCCGAGAGAAGAAUAUAAUCUACACGCAGAAAUACGAGCCAGAUUGCGAAAAGGAAAUAAACCAGCGGACUUGUAUCGACACCCAUAUGCCACAGCAUCACAAGACCACUACUUCUCCUUCCACGACCCCCGCCGGCCACACUGCGGACCCCGGCGAAAAAAAGAAGGACCUCCCGUGCGACCAGCUGUGCGACUUUUGCAUGACAACUGCUAACUACACCAUAGAAACACAAGUCGCAAAAGUUGAAUGUCGUUGUAAAUUUGAUUUCAAUACUUAUGUUAUGAGUUGCGAAACGUGUGAUAUAAUCGAGCACAAGUGCGCAGCUCCGAAAUCUAAUUAAUCCUCUUUUCUCUGAUUAAUUUCCAAAUGCUAAUUGAUUAGUUACCUAAAUCCACUAUUUGUAUUGAAAUAAAUUCCUUUCAAAAUUGAUGUAUUAAUUGUUGAACAGUUCAAAUAGCUUUAAAUCGUCAUCAUCAUCAAAAAAUCUUCCUUCAAUCCCUCGCAAAUAAUCAAAGUGCGCUAUUGGUUCUUUUUUUCUCUUGUUAACGGUUUCGCCAAUAAGUGGUUGUUUUCAAUUGGCAAUAAAAUGUGAAUUUUAUUGAUUAGUUGGAUAAAAUUGUUUUUCUUAGAAGGGCGUUUACAGCUUUGUACGGCUUUCAGAACAAAUUGGUUUGAUCGUAAACAGUUGUCGGAAUUCCGAGUUCGAAAAAUUUCAAAUGAUUUCGACCAUAAUUGACGAAAUUUCUUAGCCGUGCAGCGCGACAGAUCUUUAUUAUUGUAAUAAUGUUGCAGUGGAUUUGUCUGAACGCAAGCCUAGUUUUAUUGUUUGACCAAAUUUACAUAAUUGUUUUUCCCUAGUUUCUAUUUACCUGAUUGAUAAAUAAAGAGUAUUUUUGUA